AUGAGUGAAUCUGAGCUUCUGGGAUGGGAGACUAUUAUACGCAGUCCUAGAGAUGGAGCUGCUGCGACCGGCGGCGCAGGGCAGCUGAGCGCUAGUUUAAGUACGCAGGAGCGCGCUGGCGGGAAGUGGAUUAAGGAGCUCUCGUCGAUGGCUAACGUGGUUGUUGGCCGAUGCGCGAGAGUCCUGAUGCUCAAACCGGAGGAGCUAAAAGCGAAUUUCGAGGAGGAGGCGCCCGCGAGCGCGCGAGAGCCCGCGCGGUACGCGCGCAACUUCCUCGAGUACUGCUGCUUCCGCGCGCUGGCCGUGGCGACGCAGGUGACGGAGCACCUUAAGGACAAAGACUUCCGGCGGUGGACGUUCGACAUGAUGCUCGCGUGGGAGGCGCCGGGCGCCUCGAAUCAGCCCACAGGACAGAUGGACGUGGAGAGCAGUGUGUGUAUGGACGCGUUCGCCCGGCUAGCUCCAGCCAUCCCGCUGGUGGCGGACAGUGUGACGGUGCACGCGCUCUUUGAGCUGCUCACCGACGAGUGCCAGGGCGGCCGCCUUCCCUUCGCCAUCUACAAUAACUACCUCAGCGAGCUCGAAAAAACUGUGAAGACAAUAAAGAACUCCACCACUGGAGCGUUGGCAUCGGCUCUAGGGAUAGUGAGGGGCGAGGAGGCAGUGAUAGAGACGGACGGACAGGCGACACAGCCGGUGCUGCAGCACAUAGGCGUCAGUGCCUGGCCAGGUCGGUUGACCCUCACGGACUGCGCCCUAUACUUCGAGCCCAGUGGUGUCGUCUCGUACGACGCAGCAAAGAAGUUUGAUUUGGCAGCAGACCUCCAUCAGACAGUCAAGCCGGACCUCACUGGCCCGUGGGGGGCGAAGCUGUUCGACAAGGCCAUCAUGUACAAAAGCCAUGCCAUAUCCGAGCCUGUGGUCCUAGAGUUCCCAGAGCUAACAGCACACAUGCGGAGAGACUAUUGGCUGUCCAUCAUCCGCGAAAUCAUAGCCGUCCAUUCCUUUGUCCGGACCUACAAGCUAGAAGGUCCGGCUCGCAGGCAGGCUAUAGCCAAAGCCGUGAGGGGUAUAGCGCGACUUAAAGCCGUGUGGAGCUUACAAAAAGCCCUCCCUACCGCCCCUGAGAGCCUCCUAACUUUCAUUGCAGCAGACGAGCUUCCGGGCGGGGAUAAAAUCUUGCGGGCUAUGGCGGGAGUGCUUAAGGCGGACUCUGGCAGCCCAAAAAAGGAACGGGAGCAGCUGGAGAAGCUAGGGGAGUUGGCUGCUGCAGCUGUGAGAAAUGCCGGGUUUGGGGGGGGAGGGGGAGGAGGCGGAGGCGGGGGAGGAGGGGGAGGUGGAGGGAGAGGUGGAGGGGGCGCAGGAGAGGAGGAGGGUGGGGGAGCAGCAGCAGGAGGUACUGGCGGAACAGCAGGAGCAGCAGGAGAAGCAGGAGGAGCAGCAGCAGGAGCAGGAGCAGCAGCAGCAGGAGGGAGCAGAUGGCAGCAAGGAGGCAGUGCAGCCGCAGCAGCAGUAGCCGCAUUCCUCCCCGGCACAGCAGGGCUGAUGGGCGGAGGAGGAGCAGGGGCGCUGGGAGUGGGUUCAUGCCCGUCUAUGCCUGUAGGGGAUGUGCUUGUAGGGGAGAUGACGGCUCUUGAACGGGCGGUUAAGAACUCGAGAGACAAGUCGAGUAAAGUGGCCAAGGCAAAGAGAUCGGUCGAGGAGGUGAAGGUGGAGGGCAUUGGGACGAACGUGGCUCUCAUGAAGGAGCUACUAGUGCCAGCCAUGCUGCUAGGGCAGUGGUUCCAGUCGUUAGCCUCAUGGGAGGAGCCUAUCAAGACCAUUGUCUUUCUAGCCUUUGCACUCUACAUCAUCUACAAGGACUGGCUCGGGUACGUCAUCCCGUUUCUCCUCCUGACCAACGCGGUCAUCAUGAUGUGGCUCCGCUUCGUGCAACAGUCCGACAGACGCCGCCCGCCGAACCGGAGAAACGAGGUGGUGGUGAUCACGCCGCCCAAUCAGAGCGCUGUGGAGCAGCUGGUCGUGCUGCAGGCUGCUCUCGCUCAGGUGGAAGCAGCCAUUCAAGCACUCAACAUCGCACUCCUCAAAGCACGAGCGCUUGCCCUCUCCGAGCUCCCAACAGCCACGGACGAGCUAAUCGCCGUGCACAUAGUCCUGGCCAUCCUUCUCGCCGUUCUCCCGGUGCGGGUCGUGGUGCUGCUGGUGCUAGGCGACGUUUUCACACGAGAAAUGGAGAUCUCAACUGGGGAUGCGGGAACCGUUGGAUCGAGAUCAGGAAGUGGAUCUGACGGAGCCAAGGUUGCCGGAGAACCGUCGGAUUUAGGAGGCGAUGGACGGCGAUCCUCGGCUGCGGGUUUCGAGGCGAAUCAAAACGGCGCUGCUGGGAGUGGGUCGGGGGCGGGAGGCGUGAAGGCGGGGGAGAAGGAGGAGGAAGGAAGAGGGGAGUCCGCGGGGGGAGGGGGGGCAGAGCGGGAAGGAGUGAAGGCGAGGGAAAAGGACUCCGCGGGGGAAGGGGAGGCGGAACGGGGAGGGGAGGACCUUCCUGGGGAGCAGGGUGGAUUUAAAGACGCGCUCAGUGAUUUGGCGGUGGGGUCUGGCGGAGAAGCGGCAGCGGGUGAAGAGGCGGAAGAGGUGUUCGAGGAUGCGCUUACAGAAGAAGAGUUGCGCAAGAAAGCUCUGGCGGAAGCAGAGGUGAUUAAAGCGAGGGGGAACGAGGAGUUCAAGCGGGGUGACUAUAACGCAGCCCUGGAGAGCUACAGCAAUGCGCUGGCAGCAGCGCCUGGGGCGGAGCUCGCAGAGGCGAAGGAGUCACGAGCGAUUUACCAUGCCAACAGAGCCAUGUGCCACCUGCAGCUGAAGGAUUAUGAUGCGUGUGUUACAGAGAGCACCGCAGCCAUUGAUCUGAAGCCGGACUAUGUGAAAGCGGUCAUGCGACGAGCACAGGCAUGGGAGAAGCUGGACAAGCUUGAAGAGGCGCUGGGAGAUUAUAAGAGAGCGUUGGAAGUGGACAAAACCAACGCACAAGCCAGAUCAUCUGCCAGGCGAUUGGAGCCCAUUGUCGAAGAGAGGAGGGAAAAGCUUAAAGAGGAAAUGUUGGAAGCCGCUCACGCGAACCAGGACGCGCUCCUGAAACGAUUCACUGAGCUGGGUAUCACCUACCAACUCUAUUCGCAUCCGCCGGUGCUUACAGUGGAGGAGCAGGCUGCACAGGUGACAGGAGCUACAGGGGAGUUUACCAAGAACCUUCUUCUUAAGGACAAGAAGGGUCGGCUGAUUCUCAUCUCUGCACUCACCAAGACCAAGAUUGAUCUCAAGUUGCUGUCGCAGAGGCUGGGGCUGGGCAAGGGAGGAUUGCGCAUGGCACCAGACGAGAAUUUGGCUGCGGUGCUGCAGGUGCCUGCUGGCUGCGUGACUCCUCUGGCGCUGUUCAACGAUUCUGCCAAAGACGUGGUGCUGCUGCUGGAUCAAGGGUUCGCCUCCCAGCAGCACCUGCUCUUCCACCCUCUCUCCAACGACGCCACUGUUGCGUUGACUCGAGAGACGUUUGAGUCUUUCCUUGGCACUGUUGGCCGCUCUGAGCCAGCUUAUGUGGACCUUGAGGCCAACGUGGUGGUGGGCAAGGAUCAACCGCCCGACCUCGCUUCUCUUCUCCCCGCCGCUUCCACCGCUGCCGCAGCAGGAGAUGCCGCCUCUGCACCUACAAGUGCCGCCACCAGCACUACCAGCGGUGCCAGUGCCAGUUCUAAUACUGGUGGCAAUGGCAACGCCCCCAAGGCCGGUGCUGCUGCAGCUGGGAAGGGGAAGUCAGCUUCUCAGAAGAAGACAGCGGCUGCCGUACCAAAGGGGCCACCGGGCGAUGACGUGGCAACUUGCACGACACGGAUAUUGGACAUGCUGACAGAGCACAUGAAGAAAUGUAGUGGUGACUCUGCGACUGCGGAUCAAUCUUCUAGUGCCAGCAAAGCCAAUGAGGAGCUUGCAUUGAAUCUUCAGCACACCCUGGUUAUGUUCAAGAAUGCUGCCUAUACAAAUGGUUUCUUUGCUGGCCGGGCAGCGGUCCUGGAUAGGGUUCAAGUUGAUGCUUUGGGGGACAUCUACAGCGGCUUCAAUCGUUCUGCGACGCUGCAGACGUGGACGUGGGGCGAUCCGUGCGGCAGCGACGGCAGUGAGAACGCGGGCAGUCCGUGGCACGGCAUCACGUGCGACGUGUCGGCCGACCCGCAACGAGUGAUCGAAAUCAACCUAUCUGACUCGGACAUCAGUGGGUACAUCUCCGGGUCCGUCAGCGCGCUUAGCAACCUGCGAUCCUUCGUAGUACGCAACAACGCCAUCAAGGGCGGCAUCCCCGCCGACCUCUCCGCGCUCACAGGCCUGCGCACCCUCGACCUGAGCAACAACCCGCUGGAAAACACCAUUCCGCCGGAAAUUGCGCGUCUCCCCGCGCUUUCCUCUCUAGACCUAUCAAGCUGCGAGCUGGAGGGCGAUCUGCCGCGCCUGAUCAAGCUAUCGUCGCUCGUAGCACUGGACCUGAGCAACAACUCCCUCACGGGCUACAUCGACCCUGCCAUUGCCCGCCUGCCUCACCUCUCCGACCUUACAUUCACUCCUCUCCUCGUGCCCCACCCAUGCGCCAACCCCUGGACGCCACGUCUCUCGGCAUCGACCCCAUCUUUCCCAACUCUCUCACAUUUCCCCCAUUCCCUCCCCCCCUUUUCCCCCCUCUCUCCCCCCAUUCGCCUCCAUCUGUUCCCAUGCCCCCCGUUCGCCCCCAUCUUCCCCACGCCUCCCCUGCAAAUCAGUGCGGUGGCAUUCAACCAGCUGUCAGGCAACCUCCCCCCCGCCCUCGGCACUCUCCCUUCGCUCUCCUUUCUUGACAUCCGAGGCAACGCCUUCUCAGGCUACCUCCCCCUCUCCUAUUCCGAUAUUGAGCAAUUCCUCUACGACGGCGCCCUUCCCCCCGCGCCCGCAGGCCCCUCCGAAUCCCCUCCGCCGCCCCCCAUCCCGCCCCCGCCCCCCCCGUCCGUCCCCCCGCCGUCCCCUGUGCUGCCUGGGUUCCCUGGGGGGGAUGAUGGAGGGGCGGAUGCUCCUGCUUCUCUCCCCUCCCCUCCUCCUCCUCCUGCUGCCCCAGGUUCGCUCGCCCCCCCCUCCUCUUCUUCUCCCCCCGCCGCUCCCCACGGCAAUCACUCCUCCCCCGCCCCGCCUGCGCCCCCCUCUCUUCCGCCUGUCCCCCCUGUAACCUUCCCCAACGGGACGCACGUUGGGAAUGGGACGGGUGGGAGUGGAGGAAACGGGGGAAAACGGGGGGAAGGCGGAGGAACGGGGGAAGAGGGGGAUGGGUAUUUCUACCUGGAUCCAUCAGUUCCGGAGAAUGAGACGCAAGCGCUGGUGCCGGUGCCGGUGGGGUGCAAGCCGUGUGCUGGGGGGAGCGUGGCGAGGAGGCAUAAGAAGCUGUGUGUGUGCUCGUACCCGCUGCUGCUGGAGGUUCAUCUGGGCAUGGAGUUCUCUAGGUUCAAUGACGUCACCAGAGAGAGCCUUGAAGAGCAGCUGGCGCUGAGUCUGAACGUGAACCAGACUCAAGUGGCCGUAUACGCCACCCGCCCCGGGAGUGUCAUUGCCUCCUGCGCAGUACUGCCGCCCGGCCGCACGGAAGCACUGCCAGUGGGAGUGGCGGGGCAUGCACUGGACGUGCUGCUGGGGAGGAGGAAGCAGCGCCUGGAGCUGUUUGGCAUGGGCGCUGUGAAGGUGCUGGCAGUGCGGCUUCCCACGGUGGUGCUGGAUAGGAAUGGAGGUGCGUGGGGAUUGAUGGUGGAUGAGUGGUGA